AUGGGCCUCUGCAAAAGUCGCUACUGUGGGCAAGAGAUCGGAUGCGACACCAAAAAGAGUGGGACUAGCACUAUGAAGAAUCAUAUUGCUCGGUUUAAGUUCUUCAAAGCUUUUGAGGAAAGUGGUAGUCAGCAUGGUUUAGGAAUUGAUAGUAGUGGUGUAGUUACUGCGGUUAUGUAUGAUGAUGGGUUGUUUAGGAGAUCUGUGAAUGAGAUGAUUGUGUUGAAUGAGCUGCCAUUUUCUUUUGUGGAAUCCGAGGGGUUUAGGAAGUUCUGUCAUAAUGUCUUGCCCAUGUAUUCAGUUCACUGCAGAAGGACAAUAAUAGAGGAUAUAUUGGGCAUGUUUAUGAAGGAUAAUUCGAGUUUGAAACCGUUGUUUUCUUCUGAGAAGAAGAGAGUCUCCUUAACCACUGACAUUUGGACAGCUCCUACAACAUCCUACAACUACAUGAAGAGGAUUAUCAAUUUUAAACUUGUGACACAUCACAAAGGAGACACCAUUGCUGAGCAUCUGAGUCAGUGUCUGGCGGAUUGGGAAAUUGAAAAGGUGUUCACAGUGACAAUGGAUAAUGUUAAAGGGAAUGACAAGGAACUGCGUUUGUUCACUAAAGCUUGUAGACAGCUAAGACCUAAUGCUCUAAUCAAGGAUGUCAGGGAUGGUCUAGCUGAGGUGAAAGAAAGUGUAGUAGCUAUUAGGAAUGAUGUCAAGUAUGUCAGAUCAUCUGGUACAUGGCUUCAAUCAUUUCAGUUGAGGGUUCUAACUAGAAAGUUCAGAGUUGCAUUUGAGAAGUUAUUGUCUGAAAAUAUGCUAUACAAUGAUUACUUCAAGGAAUCAGAAGAGAAUGGACAUAAAAGGGUUGGGCCUCCAACUGCUCACAGAAGGGAUGAAGUCCAUAGGUUCGUUAAGUUUCUUAAACUCUUUUUCGGAAGCACUUUGGCAUUUUCAGAAUCUAAGACAGUUACCUCGACUAGUUGCUACAAUGAGGUUGUGAUCAUUGAGAGGAACUUGAUAGCUUUGAGAAACAGCAGAGAUGACCUUCUACGGCUUCAAGCAACAGAUAUGAGGACCAAGUUUGAAAAGUAUUGGGAUGGAUUAAUCAACAUGAACCCGCUUGUCAUUAUUGCAAGCAUCUUUGAUCCUAGAAACAAGAUGCAAUUUGCAUCUAUUUGUUGUGAUAAGAUUUAUGGUAAGGACAGUGUGGAAAGUGCUCAUCUCAGAACCUCCAUUAGGGCACUGAUGAAGCAGUUGUAUGAAGAGUAUGUUGUGAAGAUAGGUCCACUUGUUAGGAAAUACGCGCCGCCUAACAUCACCGUCCAUGCCGUCACCGUCCAACACAAAAACGUGUUCUUUGACUUACAAUCUCCCACUUGA